CUACCGCCAAGGUAGCUGACAUAUACAGCUUCAGUCCACCACUGUGAGUGUAGACCACCUCAUCAGACACAUUUAUAAGUGAGCGAAAAUUAAAGAAAGUGAGAAUAGUGUCGUGUCCCCACUCUGGCUCAAAAGUUAUAUUGACCAUGAAUUCCUACGAUCACUCGAUAGGGCGGUCUAUGUUCGAAGAUAUUAUUAGUUACAACUUCAACGAGGAACACCCUGCCCAACUGAAACUGGUAAACAACGAUCCGUACUUUGGUGACAGCGGCCUGAGCACUAUGUCACAAGACGGACUGUAUGAGCAUGGUGUGGGACUGUCUGCCUCACCUAUGCUGCUUGGAGUGGACGACACAGCACGGAACAGCAACUCAGUCAACAACUACAAUGACGCUGAUGGGCUGUUGAGUGGUGUAGAUUUGCCACUGCAUCUACAACAAGACGUCAACGAAAUACUACAGUUAGGAGAUAACUUCCCUCUAAUGGACCCCAGUGUUACCCGUAAUUUCGAAAUGGACAUGGCUAUCAUCGCCGGAGACCCAGACACUCCCUUGAAUAUGGACACCUUCAAUUUGGAGCACCUCAACCUGGAUGCCCUGCCGGACUACCUCCCACCCGUGCCCAGGACAGUCCAGCAACAACUACCAACACAUCAACAGCAAUUACCAACACAGCAACAGCAACUACCAACACAGCAACAGCAACUACCAACACAGCAACAGCAACUACCAACACAGCAACAAACACGAAGGCGACGUAAACCUACCAGAAAAAAUAGUUUCCAGACACUGAUUCCAGACCCCCAGCCCUUCCCGUCAUCCCCGGGUCAGUCAGCUCCCCUAUACCCACCUAUUGAGGACCUAGGAGUAACCAGUCCCGCUUACUCCCUUACUGACAGCGACCCUGGCAGUAGCGGCGAGACAAACGGCUCCAGACCUCGCCAGCGACGUCCCAGAGUAUCGUACAGUACCUUAACGGAGGAAGAGAAGUAUCACCGUAUCCGAGAUCUCAAUAAUGAGGCCUCACGACAUUACCGCAAGCGACACCAGGAACAGGUGUCCAGUAUGAAGGAGCAGGAGGCACAGCAACUGGAGAAAAACAAGGUACUACAAAUGAAAGCCGCUGGUUUGCAGAAACUAAGAGACCAGAUGGAGACGUACACACACUCCUUCCUAAGGCAACAUAUGUCUGCCCUACCUGACAACUUCACUCAUCAAUAACUUGUUAAUGAAUGUAAUGCUCCUUAACACCAAUAUCUUGUCAUAAUAUGUCUCUUUAAUGCUGUAGCUAGUUAUAGUCAGGAACACCGGUGACAUAUAAUGUUCCCUGACUAUUGUUUUAUAAUACAAAUACGUUUGUUGUUCCACAUAACAUAUUAUGCUCGGUGAACAGAGAAUAUAUUAUACUGUACAUGAGUCAAACAAUGGAUUAAGAGGCAUAUAUUACUGUACCUUAUUAAUUACAUGUUAACUAAUUUUUACAAGUACCUUAAAUGUUGUAUUCUAUAUUUAUAAUUUUGUUAUAAUAAAUUUUGACUUUCUUAA